AUGGCUUACCAGAGUCCUCCAGAAACACCAUCCUCCUCCGGCGCCCACACGCCAACCCACUCUUCCUCUACAGCACCGUCAUUAUCGAAUUCUGUCAUCACAACAAUGUGGUCCGGUCUGAUACGCCGCUUCUCCUCCGACCUUCCAGAGUCCUACGGUCACAACGGGCACCCGCACGAGCCUUCACACCUCUCCCACGCGCAAACCGAGCCCGCCGGCGGCGGUGGAGGGGGCUUCCAGGAUGGCAUCAAUGGUGUUUUUUUCCCUAGUCACCAACCCAUUCGAACUGCGAGCCCGUUCCGUCCACCGCCUCUCGAUCCCAUUGUUCUGCACGGCUAUAAGGAGAGCACUUCGCAGAGUGCCAGGCUCCUGAGUCACGGCGUGGCCGAGGAGAUCCGGAUCAUGCUCCCAGAAAGGCUUAGGAUCAAGGAGGAUUGGAGGUUGAUAUACAGCUUGGAGCAGGACGGUGCUAGCUUGGCAACGCUAUAUCAAAAGGCAGCUGAAUUCCAGGGCCGGCGAGUCGGUUUUGUUCUAGUCGUGAGGGACGACCUAGGCGGCACUUUCGGCGCCUACCUCUCCGAAUAUCCACACCCCGCGUCCAAGUACUUUGGCAACGGCGAAUGCUUCCUCUGGCGCGCCUCAACCCUCACGCCCCUCCCCCCGCCGCCCUCCGCCGAUACGACGAACCUGACGCGCAUCACCACGGUCGCCAGCCCGACACGCUCAACCUUUGGCGAUCGCAACAACGCACCGUCGCCGGCGCCGAGCGAGUCAAUCCGCUUCAAGGCGUUCCCCUACUCAGGCAUCAACGACUACUACAUCAACUGCGAGACGGGCUUCCUCAGCGUCGGCGCCGGCGACGGUCACUACGGCCUGUGGCUCGACGACAGCCUCGACCGCGGGCACAGCGGGCGCAGCCACACCUUUGGCAACGAGCCUCUGAGCGACGAGGGCGAAAAGUUUGGCGUGUUGGGCGUGGAGCUUUGGGUGCUUGGCGCCUGA